GCGCCAUUGGUCCAAAUAUGAUGUGAGCGACUUACUGGCAUCCCCUCAGACGCUUGAAACGUUUUUACCUUCAGCCAAGUCACGGACUGACUUCUUCACAGGAGUGUUAUCGAGUCAACAUGAGAGUUCUUAUAGGAGGUGGGUCUGGCUUUGUGGGUCGUGAACUGACUCGCCUUCUCAGAUCAAAAGGUCAUGAGGUUACCAUUAUAUCUCGCCAGCCUGGUCCAGGAAAAAUAACAUGGGGUGAGUUGGAGUCAAAAGGCCUCCCACCAUGUGAGGGCGCUGUCAACUUGGCUGGAGAGAAUCUGAUGAACCCGCUACGAUGGUGGAACGAAAGCUAUAAAAAGGAUCUGUUCUCCAGUCGUAUUGACACAACUAAAACUCUGGCACAAGCUAUCGCUGCUUCCCCCACUCCUCCUCAUUCCUGGGUGCUGGUAUCAGGAGUAGCUUGUUAUCAGCCCAGUCAGACAGCAGAGUACACAGAGGACAGUGAAUGGACACCGUUUGACCUCCUCUCCAGACUUGUGAAAGAGUGGGAGGCCUCUGCACUUCUUCCUGAGAGUGUGGCAAAAACCACCAAACAAGUCGUCAUCAGACCUGGGGCAGUACUGGGUCGUGAUGGAGGUGCCAUGAAGCAGAUGUGGCUUCCCUUCUGGCUCGGCCUCGGGGGCACUCUGGGUUCAGGAAGACAGCCAUUUCCGUGGAUCCACGUCGCCGACCUGGCAGGAAUCAUCGCUCACGCCCUGGAGCCCCCUGCCGACACGCCGCCAACACCUUCACAACAGGUGUUCAACGGAGUCGCACCUGCUCUGAACACCAACUACGAGUUCACUAAAGAGCUGGGCCGCGUCAUGAGGAGGCCCACCAUUUUCCCUGUACCUGGUUUUGUUAUGAACACUCUGAUGGGCUCUGAGAGGGCGAUCGUUCUCACGCAGGGUCAGAAAGUCAUACCGCAGAGGACUCAAGAGGCUGGAUAUCAGUACAAAUACCCGGACUUGACCUCAGCACUGAAAGAGAUUGUAGGCAGUUAACAAGAGAAGAAAAUGAGCUGAGAUUUUGGAAGUUCUGUGCUGAUAUUUACUGUUUUAUGGAAAUUAAAGCAUUAAAUCCAAGGGUGGAGAGAGAUUCAGGAUCAUAGAUGAUUGUUAUGCUUAACCAGUUUAUGGACCUUUUUUUUCUUCAGAGAGCCUGAUUAUAUUAAGAACUAAAGCUUCUGUGAGGAGCUUUUAAAGUCUGAUAAAAAAAAAUCAAUAAAAUUAAUAGAAAUGCCUCUUUAUAACCCACAAAAGAAGACAUGAGUAUCAUCACCAAGAUUGACUUUUUCUUUAAAGUAAUUUGUAAUGUUGGUAACCAUUUCAACAAGGUAGGCAUUGCAUGAGAAAAAUUUAAGCAUGCUGAAGAAAAGCCUUUAAUCUAUAUUCUUAAGAAAAUUAAAAUUAGUGAUAUAUUUAACCAUUAGAGGAAUGGAGGUUCAGAUCUUUUUUGUCAGAAAUCACCACCUAUACGUGCACAGGGAAAGAUUAACAAAGGUUUGUCCACAGGGGGCGCCAGAAUGAACACAAACCUGAAGUUCCUCACAGGAGCUUUAAAAUAGAUCAGAAAAUCAACAUUAUCAUCAGACUUUAUUUUGUGGGUGAAUUUUUCAAGAUUGCUUUUUAAUGUUAAGAGUUGUUUCAGAAGACUUUCCAAAAUAGAGAUCUUCUUGUGCCAAAUUACUUGAAUAAACUUUGAAGUUCCUUUCA